CUGCUUCUUCUUCCCGAGUCCACUAGUAUAUGUACAGAGCGGAGCGGAGGCGGCUAUGGCUGCAAGCCCACAUGUGAACUCGCCGGCGAUGGGCACUAUGGGGGUCGCAGGACCACACCACAGCGAGCCGGGGGUCUGAGGAGAGAUUGAGGAAGCGCGAGUGAAUAGAGGACGGGGAAGGAGGCGAGGCCCCCUUGAGGCCUGAGGAGGCUUCACCGUCACCGAGAGCGAGAGAGACAAGAAUGGAGGGAGGCCAUUGGGACCGGACCGGAGGAAGAAAGGGGGAGAAGGGCUGACGUGUGGGUCCCUCCCACGCCACGACAGGUUCCCCGUUGCGUUGCGUUCUGUUGUUUUGAGCUGAGCUGAGUGGAAUUCCGUCCACCACCUCCUCCAAACUCCAAACUCCAAACUCCAAACUCCAUUCCAUUCCAUUCAUCCAAACCUAGCUGCCCCGAUCCGAUUCUUCGUCUUCACCAGGGGGAACAAGGGAAUUCUGAUUCCAAAUCAAGAUGACGGCAUAGGGAAGGGAAGGGAAGGGAAACGCCAUGGACGAGGAGAGCGCGGCCGACUCCUUCGUGCUGCGCGCCGGCCUCAAGCGCGAAUUCGCCUUCGCCAUCGCCUCCCAGGCCGCCCUUGCUUCCUCCACCCCGCUCCUCGGCCGCACCCGCCGUGCAUCCCGCAACCCCCUUUCGUCUUCCUCCUCUUCCAACCCAUCCUCCUCUAGGUCUUCCAAGCACCACCACCACCAGCAGUUUGCCUCCUCCUCCUCAACCCCCAAGCCCAAGCGCCCGCGCCCACCGGAUCCUCCCCCUCCCCAACACCAACACCAACUGGAACAGGACGACGAGCCACCAGAUCCCCCCGCCGCCGCCGUGGAGCCCAGCCCCGUGCUCGCCUUGAUGGCUGCUGCGCCCACCCAUCGCCCCGACCUUUCGCUUUCCACCCCACCCAGUAAGGAUUCCCCGCACCACACGGAGGAUGUCCUCAUCCCGCCGGAAUCGCCGCCCAGGCGGAUCACGCGCUCCAUGCUCCUCCUCAAGCAUCCUCCAACUCCUCUCACCCCCUCUGCUCCAACUCCUCCUCCUCCUCCUGUCAAUGCCGCGGAACCAGAGGAGCAAGACGAGGACGACAAGCCCGGCCCAGCAACUGGGAGGCGCUUCACCAGAUCACUCUUGCUCAAGGAUAAACAUGACGACAACGACCUCUCAGGUACCACCACAGCCACCAAUUCCUCCUCCUCAGCCUCACCUUCACCAAACAACAACACCAACAGCAACAUGGGCAUCUCCCCAAAAAAUGUAAACAAGAUCCCCACCAACCUCAGGGAGCUGCUCGCCACUGGCCUGCUCGACGGCCAGCCAGUCAAGUACAUCAUGAGGAAAGGCAAGCGAGCAGUACUCCGCGGAGUUAUUAAACGUAUCGGCAUACUCUGCUCUUGUUCUUCAUGCAAAGGCCAAAAAGUUAUUUCACCUUACUAUUUUGAGGUGCAUGCUGGGAGUACCAAAAAGCAUCCUUCCGAUUACAUUUUCCUGGAGAAUGGAAACAAUCUGCAUGAUGUAUUGAGGGCAUGCGCAAAUGCUACCUUAGAUAUGUUGGAGUCAGCAAUACAGAAGGUGAUAGGCCCAGCACCUCAGAAGAAGACGUUCCGAUGCCAAACCUGCAAAAGUUCGUUCAGCACUCUCCGAAGUGGGAAAUUUGCUCUGCUAUGUGAUUCAUGUCCCAAGUCCAAGGAAGCUAAGAAUAGUACCAGGUCAUCAAAAAAUGGUCGAAGUUCGACUUCAUCUGCUAAGGGAUGUAAGAAUGCAUCCUCAGGAGCAAAGACUGCGAGUGCAGGAAGGCUUACAAGAAAGGAUAAGGGAUUGCACAAGGUGGUUUUCAUGAGUGGUGUUUUACCAGAGGGCACUGAUGUCGGCUACUAUGUUGGUGGAAAGAGGUUACUGGAUGGAUAUAUAAAGGAGCUUGGGAUCUACUGUCAUUGCUGCAACACAGUGGUUAGUCCUUCACAGUUUGAAGCUCAUGCUGGUCGAGCUGCUCGACGCAAACCUUACCACAACAUAUAUAUGUCGAAUGGUGUUUCACUGCAUGAACUGUCGAUUUCACUUUCGAAAGGUCAAAAUAUGUCAAACAGACAAAGUGAUGACUUGUGUAGCAUCUGUUCAGAUGGUGGGCAGCUUCUCCUUUGUGAUGCCUGUCCAAGAGCUUUUCACAGAGAAUGUGUUAGUUUGUCUGCUAUCCCGAAGGGAACUUGGUGUUGCCGAUAUUGUGAGAAUAGGCAACAGAGGGAAAGUUGUUUGGCAUAUAACAACAAUGCGAUAGCUGCUGGGAGGAUUGAAGGAGUUGAUCCCUUGGAACAAAUAUUUAUGCGGUCCAUACGUAUUGCUACAACACCUGAGACUGGAUUUGGUGGAUGUGCACUGUGCAAGCUCCACGAUUUCAGCAAAAAGAAAUUCAGUACCCGGACUGUACUGCUCUGUGACCAAUGUGGGAGAGAAUAUCAUGUUGGUUGCCUGAAGGAACAUAACAUGGCUGAUUUGACGGCAUUGCCCGAGGGAGCAUGGUAUUGUUCCACCGACUGUUUGAGGAUUAACCAGACACUACACGACUUACUUAGCCGUGGAUCACAACCUGUUCCUGUCGUGGAUGUAGAUCUUAUAAAGAAGAAGCAUGAAAAGAAAGGUUUAAAUGAGGAUGGUGGCCUUGAUAUUAGAUGGAGAGUUUUGAAGGACAAGUGUUCAGCAGAUAGUAAAUUGGUUCUCUCCAAAGCUGUUGCGAUUUUCCAUGAAUCAUUUGAUCCCAUUAUCCAGAUUACAACUGGGCGAGACCUCAUUCCAGCCAUGGUUUAUGGGAGGAGUGUAAGGGAUCAAGAUUACACAGGAAUGUAUUGUGCUGUAUUAACUGUGGGCAACGCCGUAGUUUCUGCGGGUCUUUUUCGCAUCAUCAGUGGUGAAAUUGCUGAGCUGCCAUUGGUUGCUACAAGUAGAGAUAGCCAAGGCUUGGGAUAUUUCCAAGCGCUUUUCGCCUGCAUAGAACGAAUGUUGGCAUCUUUGAAGGUGAAACAUUUUGUGCUACCAGCUGCUGAGGAAGCAGAGUCUAUCUGGACAGAGCGGUUUGGGUUCACGAAGAUAAGCCAUGAUGAGCUGCGUGAAUACCUCAAGGGUGGGCAAACAACCCUGUUCCAGGGGACAUCAACCCUGCACAAGCUGGUCCCCGAACGGGAAUGCUAGAUUUAUGAGUUGGUAUGGUGGGAACAAGGAGCGUGAAGCUACGAAGCAGCUUCUCGUUUGCAUGCUUCUGAGUUCUGGGAUUGGUGUGGAUAGGAAAGUGAACCCUGAAGCCUUUCUGCAAAAAGUUGGUGAGCAGUUUGAUCUGUUGACAUAGCUAAGACGAAGAAGAAGAUUGUAAGAGACGAGGGAGAAGCAGCCAAAGCUGAGGUGAAUUUCAGGCAGCUUAUUAGGCGGUAAAUUUUGGCAGGCACAUUGUGGGCUUCUGUGCUUCUCUUGAUUUAGUGUUUGUUUUGGUCGGAAUCAGAUGGUAGCUGCCUGUUUUUGUGUUUUUUUGGGUCCGAAUUUUGUGCGGUAUUUGUAUUUUUGAUUUAUGAUAGGAGCGUGCGAUAGUGCGCGUGUAUUGCAGUA